GAAGACGGGCACGGAGAGGGGCCGAGCGGCAGGGUUUGGGCUGCAAGCGCCGGCCGGAGGCAGGUUGUGGACUGAAGACGUCGAAUAGUUUCAUAUAUUCCUGGAAUAAUAAUUGAUCCUGGAGGACCAAGUGACCUUUCAAUUCUCUUGUUGCAUUGGCUGUGGUCGUUCUUGUAUAUGGAAACCUAGCUGCUAUUGUUCAUAUGCUGGGUAGCUUCAUGUUUAGAUAAGUGAGGGAUCUGGCUAUGCACACAUUGCAUCUUUAUUGAAGCAACUGACUGGCUACCAAUUAACUACCAAACCAAGUUCAUGAUCUUGUGUUUGACAAAGAGUGCCCUUGAAAACCAGGGAACAGGAUACCUAACAGUCUGCUUUUGCCUUUAUAGGGCAAGUUGGUUACUAAGGGUAUGCUAUGACAGGAUAUAAAUUGCUUCUUGGUGCUUUUAGAAAUCUAAAUGUCUGGCUUGGACUCCUGGCCAAAUCUCCUCACAAACUCAGCUCUCCCUGGAGGACCUUUCUUUGUGCUGCAAGCCAGUAUCCCAGAACAGCAAUUCUCCCCAAACAUUUCUGUGUUUCUCCCAUUCAGCAUCAUGCAUUUUUAAUACCGUGGUCAAAAAGUGUCACAGGGAUUUCGGUCCGACACAAAAGUAACAAAAACUCACAUAAAAAAGAUGUGAAACGAACUAUGGAAGAAGACUUGGCGGAGGAAGACACUGAUGAAGAGAUAACUGAUUCAGAAGAUGAGUUUGAAGAUGAUCCCAGCCUAGUGAAGAAUUACAAAGAUCUUGAGAAAGUAGUACAGUCUUUCCGAUUCGAUGUAAUCUUGAAAUCUGGUUUAGAUAUUGCAAGAAACAAAGUGGAAGAUGCAUUCUACAAUGGUGAGCUUAGACUGAAUGGAGAAAAAUUGUGGAAGAAAAGUAGAUCGGUAAAGGUUGGUGAUACCUUGGAUCUCAUUCUUGGAGAAGACAAAGAAACAGAAACAGCUGUAGUUAUGCGAGUUGUUCUAAGGAAAGCAUCUGAGAAGAAUGAGAAUGAUAAAUACAAAGUGGUGUUGAGGCGCUGGAAAAAUUUAAAGGUGCCCAAGCAGGAUGUAUUGAAGUGAAUAAAUGAAUUACAUGUUGUGAUUGAUUUGUGAGCAGUCACAUUUAUUGUAUAAUAUAUAAUUUUUUUUUGUUAAAAAAGUUUUUUUUUGUUAAAAGUUUUUUUUUAAAAAAAAGGUUACUUGAUGGCAUGCCACUUUCCUUACUAUAAACAUUACUACUUCUGUUCCAUGUCCUUCAUUUGCUGUAUGCUGUUUUCAUUUCAGAGUGAAAAAAUAAAAUAUUGUUCCUAUGAGAAAUAAAAGAAAAACCUGA